CAGAGCUUCUUCUUUAAUGCAUCCAGAGGAAAUGACAAACCAGAGGCGCUCUGUGGCCAGGCAUGUCAAAUAAUAACACCGAUCCUGGGCUUUAGUCUCAACCCGAAACUCAGAGGAGAAAGGCGGCAGCUGGACAUCUGCGAGGCCGCUGGUGACUCUGCGGACGCUGGAGCGGACCCGCUGAAUGGACGUCGAUGGACUGGACUGACGUCCGCUUCAAUCGGACCGAACCUGGGAGCCAAACAGAGAUCUGCAUGUCCAAGUUUCCUGUUCCGAGCAGAGGGAGAUCACCGUGUGCUUUUUGGAUGCGUGUGGAAGUGCGUGUUGGGUGCGCGGCGCCCGCAGGAGCGGCGGUGAUCCUGGAGGUGUCCGCGGGAAGCCAAGUUUAGCUCCGUGAUUUUAUUUUUUAUUUUUUUUUUUUGUUUUUUAACGUUUCCUUUCCUUCAACUCUUGUGUUGCUAUCAUGUCCCAUAAGCGGACAGGUGGGUUAACGUUUCCCCGAUGAAAACGGAGCAGCUGUGCAGAGGCUCAGUGAUCGUGACUGUGAAGAUGAUGUCGAGUAAGAGCGUGGAGUGGCUGCAGGACGAGCUGGAGUCCGGGGCAGGCGCGCUGCUGCUGCUUGACUGCAGAGCGCACGAGUUGUACGAGUCCUCUCACAUCGAGUCCGCCAUCAACCUGGCCAUCCCGGGCCUCAUGCUGCGGAGGCUGAAGAAAGGCAACCUGCCCAUCCGCUCCAUCAUCCCCAACAACGAGGACAAGGAGAAGUUCGUCAAGCGGUGCAAGACGGACGUGGUUCUGCUGUACGACGAGGCGACGUCGGAGCGACACGAGUCCGCGCUGGGGAGCUCCGUGAUGGGGCUGCUGCUGCAAAAGCUGCGGGACGACGGCUGCAAAGCUUUCUAUCUGGAGGGAGGCUUCAAUAAAUUCCAGUCAGAGUAUCCGGAACACUGCGAAACCAAUCUGGACUGCUCAUGUCCCAGCAGCUCCCCGCCAGCCUCGGUCCUGGGGCUAGGAGGACUUCGCAUUAGCUCGGACUGCUCGGACGGAGAGUCUGACCGCGAACCGAGCAGCGCCACAGAAUCUGAGGGUAGCCCGCUUCCUAACAACCAGCCUGCCUUCCCCGUCCAGAUCCUGCCGUACCUUUACCUGGGCUGUGCCAAAGACUCUGCAAACCUGGAUGUGCUCAGCAAGUACAACAUAAAGUACAUCCUGAAUGUCACGCCCAACCUGCCCAACAUGUUUGAGCACGAGGGAGACUUCAAGUACAAACAGAUCCCCAUCUCUGAUCACUGGAGCCAGAACCUCUCACAGUUUUUCCCCGAGGCCAUUUCAUUUAUCGAUGAGGCUCGUUCCAAAAAAUGUGGCAUCCUGGUGCACUGCCUGGCCGGGAUCAGCCGUUCAGUCACCGUCACCGUGGCCUACCUGAUGCAGAAGCUCAACCUGUCGCUAAACGACGCCUACGACUUCGUAAAGCGGAAAAAGUCCAACAUUUCCCCCAACUUCAACUUCAUGGGCCAGCUCCUGGACUUCGAGCGGACGCUGGGCCUCAACAGCCCCUGUGACAACCGCUCCACCUCCCCGCCGCACGACCAGCUCUUCUUUACCACCCCGACCAAUCACAACGUGUUUCAGCUGGACACUCUGGAGUCCACUUGAAAGACUGACUCGAGACUGUCCCCCACCACCUCUCUAUUUUUCAAAGAGGUAGGAGGUAACAAGUGGCUGCACUUGGAGAAACGCAGCCGGUUUUAUUGAAGGUUUUCGCCUCUUCGGGCCCCUCGUCAUAGAGUCUGGGCGCAGAGCUGCUCUAGAGAGAUGGAAGGGGUCAACGGAGCUAAGCGAAGGAGAUGUGAGGGAGUUUCUUUAACCCAAGGCAGUGAACUGUGGGUUUACACCUGAGCUGUUGUUAAAACCCUGCCUCCACUGAGUUGACUGACUGGCCGCAGAAAAACGGAAAGCUUAAUACAAAGAUAGGAACAUAGAGGAUCCACAGAGAAGCUGCUGGCAUGCUGAGCUUGGCGGCGUCUCACGGAGAAUCUGUGAUUCACUCGCUCUACUGAGUGUAGAGCGUUUUCUAAAACCAAGGAAUUAACACACACUUAAAAUAAGUAUGUAAGUUUGUACCGUAUGUAUGGUAACGUACAUAGCAGAACAUCUAUGAGAAGUCCUUAACAAAUUCAAUAUAUGUAUAUGCAUUUUUUGUAUAUUUUUAUGUACAUUUACGCACAGAUCUGUACCUUUAUAUAAUUAUAUACUCUUUAUCUUUGUCCAAAACAAAGUGAAUCAAUCUUAAAACUGAUUUAAGAGACUGUAAAACUAAAGAAAAGGAACGUUUUUUUGUUGUUUUUAUUCUAAGUCGUCUUUAAUUUUUAAUGACAUUAUGCAGUUUGCACAGUGGUGUAGCCGUAGACGUGCUGGCACUUGAUAAAGAGACAUUCAGAGAGCAGAAGGAGCAGGCAGAGAGGCUAGUCCCAGCCUGCGACAAGCCCUGACAGCUGCACGGUGCCAUGGGGAGGGAACAGGGACCUGGAGUCCCUAACAGAGGCCUCUAAGGUCGGGGUCUGGGCUGGAAGUGUGCAGAUCCCUUAUCCCCCCCCAACAUCUCACUGUCCCCUCAGCUGCAGAUAAGGAGCUACGGGCUUUUUCCACCAGUUUAUCCUUAAAACCUUAGUUAUUUCAGUUUGAAACCAAACUCUGAACUUCUUUCGUUAUUGCAUCACAACUGCUGUCUAACAAGCUUGUUUUGCCAAAACUGGUUCCUGCCAGCUCAGACUUCUUUUUUUCUUUUUUUUUCUCCUUUCGAGAAAUUUCACUGAGAGGUUUAGUGCCGACAGGAGAGCAUAUGGAGGAAGUUGUUUCCAUUUUUAAAAAAAACUUCUGGGGCACCGUACCUAACGGGGCCCACAUUUGCCAAAAAAGGAGAGCAGGAAGAAGGACUGUGGGUGUAAUCUGGUGUUUGUGCUGCAGACUGGGACUGGCCUCUGACAGACUGCAUUUACUGUCCCUUAGGUGCAUUAGGGGGCAGCUAAGUAAGGAUCACCCAUUUCAUUAUAGGUAGUUUUAAGCCUUGUUUAAGAAAGAGAGAAAUAUUAAUAAUGAAAAAGGGAAUUUAUAUAUAAAGUUAUUAAUCAAAUGAAUCUUAUUUUGUAUACCUGAGCAUGCUGUGGUGCUGUGUGCUCUCUUAACAGUCUCUGUAACCAAGGGUUGGAUGUUGCUUUAAUAUAUUGGAGGACUUUGUUGUUUUUCUUGGCUGUUGUCGCUGAUCACGACAGCAUGCAGUAUAAGCUAUAGAUGGCUUUCUGUGACAACGUGCACAUCUGCCGCUCAUGCAGGAAGUGUUGAAGUCAGAUAAAAUAAAAAGCAAAGAAUUCUGCAAUAAUUCGGAGCAGAAACUCCAAAACAAGUGGCUCAACUUUGCCUUUUUGCCUGCAAAUUAUUUUCCCAUUCUUUGUGUCAGUUUGAACAAUGGGUAACACCUUAGCAUUCACUCAGUUUAAGGUCUUAAUAUUAUCCACUUAUAUUUACAAUUAGACCAAACUAAAGCAGAUGUUUCAGCUCUAGCUUUUAAUCAACCAAAUGUCAAACCACAGCUUUUAUUUUACCAGGGGGUAAAUAGCCUGAUUUAUCACACCUAUUAUCUUGAUGCCAAAUAGAGCUAAAACCAGGCAAUCAUGUUUUUUGUUUUGUUUUUUAAAGCUAAAGAAAAUGGGCCAAGUUGUGGUAGACUAAUCCUAGUCACUCUGAUUAUCUUUAGAGAAGCACCAAUCUGGCAUUUCAUGCCUAUUUCAAAUUUCUGAUUCCUUUGAGGUCAAGCUUGCAAUUUCCAAAUUGGACAAAUUAUGUAAAUUUGUACUGGAAUAAUGUUUAUUAAAAAUGAAAAUUAAUGAAAAUUUUUUUUUUUAUCUAGUUUCCCCACAUUAAUUGUGACCAGUUUUCCACCUCCUUUAGAAAACAGCUCAAGUGUGAUCCUAUCACCAUCAGGUUUCAUGGAAUAGAAACAUUUUCUCCUGUACAGUGGCUUUAUUUCAAUCUGCUUCACACAUAACAGGAUAAUGAGGUUAGACUGUACAUGGGAAUGGAAACAAGCCGACCCUGAACAAUCUAUUGUUUAUAUUUCAGAUUUAAAGUCUUCAGUAUAAAAGUAACGGUUUGUAGACCUACAUUAACAGUUAGUUUGUUCAGUCGGGUCACUUCUGUGUUUGCAAUUGACAUAAUGCAACAUUUCUAAAGUGAAAAGAAAACUGGCUUCACAAUCUCAAAGACAUGAGAAAACAAAUCUUAAUUAUUAUUUUUUUUUCCAAGUCGCUUGGCUUUUUUGUUAUCCUUUUGUUUAAAUUUAGUUUUUUUUUUAUUUUAUUACGUCACUAUCAAACUUGAGGUUAUUUCUCAGUUUCGGAUUUACUUAAUGAGAAGUAAAACUGAACCAGUACUCUUUGUUGAUAAUUUUCCAGCAAAUCACAUAUCAGAGCUGAUUUAAA